GGUAUCUCAUACUAUUCUCACUUGGCACUUUCUCAUUGAGUCCAAAGUGACGGGCAAUGGAACAUGACUGUCUUUUUCAAAAAUGUUAUUUGCUCAUCUUUAUUGUUUGGCUUGCUUGCCAGUCCAAUGGCAAUGCCUACAGACGAGGGUUAUCCUAUGAUUACAGCGCCAGUUCCUCUGCAUGAUCUCGAUCGAGCCUUAAAGCGCGACUCUAUAACAUGCAAUAACGAUAUUUGCAAUUCGCCUGCUAUUUGUGCUGGUCCCAUCAGCAAUUAUGUGGCGUGUUGCUAUCCGGGAGAAGCUUGCGAUGUGGUCACUACCUGCUAUCCAUAUACAGAGAACCAGACCUACUUAGAAUCAGUUGGCGCAUCUUAUUGUACUGACCCCACCUGGCCAUACUGUAAUACGGCUUUUUUUGAUGCAUAUAACGAGGUUGAGAUGAUAUAUUGUAACGAUGUAUCGACGCCUGGCGACGUCAUAAUUCUGACCGCCACAUACGAUUGGGAAAAUUCUUUUUCAAGUCCCGGAUCGCCUACUAUCACGCAGUACGUAACUAUCGCAUCUUCCAUGGGCUCACUGGCCUCACAGACAGAAACAGCACCAUCUACCUCAACAAGCACAGCAUCAUUAACACCAAUGUCCACAUCAACAUCAACAGACGCGAUAUUGGCUAUUACUACAUCAUCCUCCGCAGUAGCAACCACCCAUCACGCUCUUCCCACAGGCAUCGCCAUCGGAAUAGCAGUAGGUGCGACACUACUCGUUGUAUCAUUAUUCACAAUCGCUCUCCUUCUCUGGCGACGGCGCUUAUCUUCUUCAACCACCAAUAUACCGCAACCACCAUCGAACUCAAAUCCAGAAAUCCAAGUAGCAUCCUACGUCUCUCCAAACCCAGACUCAAACCCACACACAAGCUGGAUUUCAACAGCUAGAGGCUGUGAGAAAUCUCCAUCAUAUGCCUUCGAAGCAAGACGUAUGGGUAACAAACCAGAAUUCCAGGUGGAUGGUUUAGUUGAUGAGAUAAAUGAACGAUCGGCUUGUGCACCACCAGCAGCCGAGAUGGUGGCGUCAGUAGAGCCAGUUGUUAUUAGCGAGCUUGGGGGUGAGAGUCGGAGGGAGAUAGAAAUGGCAGGGGAAUAAAUCAUUGAGUAUUUUUACGCAAGGAGCGGAUUGAAGGCGAAGAGAUAUAUGAGUACUAUAAUCGCCUCCCAAAACUACCAACUGUCCCCGUUUCCCGUUGAAAAGGACCCCCUAUCAAAUCCCACUUGAGAUUUAUAUUCAUCCGUCAAACUACAUAGGCAUAAAGUAAGAACCUAUACAAAAUCCCACUAUGUUUCAAAGCCUAAGAUUUUCAAUAACAAGAACAAAAUCUCUUGCACUUUACUCAUCAAUACAAAAAUCCCCUUGACUUGCAACAAGCGCCUUGCUCCCCAUUACAUACCAAUCAACGGUGUCAUGUACUACGGAUAUAGAUCCCGUGACCCUCAGUUUGAUUUAAAUCACACCAAGAAUAAGUUCUAGUGUGCUCGUCAAUUUUCAAAAAAUACCAAAGAGGAAAAUCCUCCAAUAAUUUGAGUCA